AUGUUCGGUCGCCCUGGUCCUGCAUUUGUUGACCUGCCCGCGAAUCUAAUCUUGGGAGACUUUGAUAUCCCAAGACAACAACUAUCGCCAUUGAUCGAAGCACCCAAGUCAAUUGCGCCAGAUAAUAAGAUAAAAGACGUUGUGGAAGCUCUCAAGACAGCCAAAGCACCUUUGGUGAUUCUGGGCAAAGGAGCAGCGUACGCACGUGCUGAGCAACAGAUCCGGAAUCUGAUCGAACACACCGGCAUACGUUUUGUCCCAACACCCAUGGGAAAAGUUAUUGUGCCUGAUUCGAGCGUGUACAACGUUUCUGCUGCCAGGUCAACCGCACUCAAGGGUGCUGACGUUGUCUUGGUUCUCGGCGCAAAGUUGAACUGGAUACUUUCCUUCGGACUGGCUCCCAAGUGGAAUCCAGCUGCAAAGGUCAUUCAGGUAGACCUGGUUGCUGACGAGCUCGGAAAGAAUGGAGGUGAUCCAGCACUGAGCCUUGUCGGAGAUGUUGGCCUGGUAGUUGAUCAGAUUAUCUCCGAGCUGGGAGGAUGGCGCUGGCAAGGACAGUCUUCGGCGUUCUUUCGCGAGCUUCAAGCUGCCAAGUCCAGGAAUGAGGAGAAGGCGGCGAAAAAGGCCUCAGUCAACAAGAUCCCUAUGCCAUUUGAGCGAGCCUCCGGUAUCAUCAAAUCCACCUUGAACAGCCUGUCAGUCCCUGAAAACGGUGAUAUCGUUUACGUCUCCGAAGGAGCCAACGCCAUGGAUAUUUCCCGGUCGAUAUCCACCAUGGAGCAUCCUCGGACGCGGCUGGAUGCUGGCACGUAUGCCACUAUGGGUGUUGGGUUGGGCUAUGCGAUCGCGGCUUACGCCGCAUAUAACUUUCCAGAGCCUGAAGGAUUAGCUGGCAGCCCAGGCCGGAAGAAGAUCGUGGCCAUUGAAGGUGAUAGUGCCUUCGGCUUCUCUGCGGUGGAAGUCGAAAGCAUGGCACGAUUCCAGAUGGACGUCUUGAUCUUUGUGAUGAAUAACAGUGGUUUAUAUCGAGGAGACACAGAUUCAGCCGAGAAAUAUGCUGAACGCCAAAGAAAUACUGUUGCUGGAACCACUACCGAGGGCAAAGGUCUUACAGCUUGAUCUCUCGGAUACCAAACUAAUUAUCACAAGAUUGCCAAAAUGGCUGGUGGUAUAGGAACUGAGGCUCGCACACCCGACGAAUUGAAAGAAGCUACAAA